AAAACAAGAAAAAAAAAUUGCAAAGAAAAUUGCAAGAAGAAUUCGUAAAAAAUUAUUGUUAAAUCGAAAAAAAGAUUGUUAUCAUUACAUUUAGGGCUGUGAUAUAAAUUGAAGCAACUUUUCGUUCAUCAGAUUCUCAAAAAAAAAGUUCAAGAGGGAAUUAAUUGUUGAUUAUUAAAUAAAAAAAAAUAAUUGUUACAAAAAAAUGGCUCUGCCAAAUCAAGCACAACCAGCAGCACAUUUAGACCCGUUGAUGUCCGCACCCAAAUUUGGCACACUAAUCCCCAAUCGGGUUUUCGUUGGCGGAAUCAGUGGCGACACUACGGAGUCAGAAUUGUGCAGAGUAUUUUCGGCCUAUGGCAAUGUCAAGUCGACAAAAAUCAUCGUUGAUCGUGCGGGAAUCAGCAAAGGCUACGGCUUUGUUACAUUCGAGACAGAACAAGAGGCCCAAAGACUUCAAAAUGAGGCUGAAUGCGUUGUUUUGCACGACCGAAAGCUAAAUAUCGCGCCAGCAAUUAAAAAGCAAUCCGUAGGCACCCCAAAUGGGACAAUGUUUUAUGCAGGUAGUCCAGCGAUUCCAUUGAACAUACCAUUAGACCAAUAUGCUGUUUAUCCAUCGACUGGUCUUCCCACUAUAUAUCCAGCAGGUAUUCCGUAUCAGCAGUUCUAUCCGUACUAUAGUCUACCAAUGCAAAAUGUGCAAACAAUCUGGCCACAAAACUACCAAGGAGUAUAUCCAUGUUAAGUCAAUAUACAAAAAAAAAUAUAUUACAAUAAAAGUUUGAUACGAACAUCAUGCCAGAAUCAAAAAAAAAACAUGCGAGCAGAUACAUUUAACUAAUUGUUAAAAAAAAACAACAUUAUUAAAAGUAAUAAUAAAAAAAAAUAAGUAAGAUACAUAAAUUUUAAUAUAUACAUAAAAAUAUAUA